AAGUGUGGCUUUGAUGCGCUCCUAUGUUCGACUGUGAGCGCACGGCGGAUUGCCCAUUCGUGUUCAUUAGGUUUCGGUCAGUCGCUGAAACCUGACCGCGUGCUAGUGGAGCUGCUGUUAAAUAUUCGAAUAAAGGACAGAGUGAAAGUAAAUCGUACAAUCAAACUUGAACCCGAUUAACAAUGUGGAAUCUUUUUCUCGUGUUGCUGUUGAUGUUAUCACAACUGGGAAGACAUGACUGUAGGAUUGUGCUGGAGACUUCAAUCGAAGAUUACGAACCACUUUCUGAAGAGUUGAUGAAAAGCGGAGAGUGCAAGCUAUCGUUAGCUGAGACACUAAGUCCGAAGCAACCACUGUAUUUAAUUCCUGGAACGGACAAGUUCUACGUUCCGACACCCAACACCACAGACCUCCUGUUCCGCCAGGGCGAACAGGUAGAACUAUUCUGUACCCGUGGGUUUUCCGACUCCGACAAAAAAUCAAUCGUUAGCUCAUGCGACGGAAACAACGGAUUCAUUCACAACGACGAGGUGCACGAUAUCUCACAAAUCACCUGCAAGGGUCCGUUGUUCCAUGUGGCUCUCAGGACCAAAGACAGCUGCUUUAACAAUGCAACACUGGUCAAGGUGGGAUUCGAUAUGGAAACCUCUCGGUUUCUGCAAAUGUACGAAGUGUGCUUUGACGAACACACCCUUGAGCCGUACUUCGUAAAGCACAGCUUGUCCCCGUGGAAUGUCAAACAUCAGCCCACGAAAAGGCCUCCUUUCGUGCAGGGUGAUUUCUAUCCGGGUCUAAAAAUGUCCCGACUGUACAGCUUUGAAAAGCAGCGCGAAAAUCUACAAAAAAUCUUAGGCUCACCGGAACGCGUCGACGCGGUUUUGGAUAAAAAGAAAGAUCUAUUUUUAGCCCGUGGCCAUCUGGCGGCCAAAGCAGACUUCGUAUACAGUCCUCACCAGCGGGCAACCUUUUGGUUCAUAAACGUCGCUCCGCAGUGGCAAAAGUUCAACGGCUUCAACUGGCAGCGCAUCGAAACGGGCGUGAAAGAUUUUAUCGCCCGUCGGGAAGCUCCAGUGACUGUGUACACCGGCACUUAUGGUGUGCUGGAGCUGCCCGAUGCGAACGGCGAUAUGCAGAAGAUCUACAUGGACGUUGAUCCCAACAAUGGAGGGCGAAUUCCCGUUCCGAAAGUUUACUACAAAAUAUUGCACGACGAGAAAAACGAUGCCGGAAUUGCGCUGAUUGGGGUCAAUAAUCCGCACGCCACGCAGGAAGAGAUCGAGAACGAUUAUAUCUUUUGUAACGAUGUUUCCGAGCGGAUAACCUGGUUGAAGUGGAAGCGACACUACAUUCCGGGCGGGUACUCGUACGCGUGUGACGUCAACGAAUUUAACGGUGUCACGAAGCAUCUUCCGCUGGACAAAAUUUCCAACUUGUUGCUGUAGAACUAGACUUACCAGUAAGGCGCAGAACAGUGAAGUUGCGACGAAGCACAGCAAAUGAUUUUGUUUUUGCAUUGUGAUAAAACUGUUUUGGGGGAGUUUAUUUUGGAACUGCCGUUUGCCGGUGGAAGUGGGCUUUUAUAGGCGAAAAAUGAACGUCACGCUAGAUGAGUUAUUUAAUCGUUGGGAUAGUUAUUGUCUAAUGAGAUCGAUUAUACGCACAGAAUGAUACCGGCCAAUAACAUGAUAAGCAAAAAAUCGAGUUUACUCUGUUUUGACAGUAUAGAAUGGUGCAGCAAUAUUUAAAUGAGUCACUGCCAGCUCAGGUUCUGUUUAGGUAAAUUUAAAAAUAAGCUAGUUGAUUAUUAUUUAUUCUAUUCCUAGAAUAAAAUGUGCGACGCAACUUGAGGUCAUUUUCAAGGCCAUUCACGACUGUGGAGAAAGAAAUGAGCUCCUCUGGCCGUUGCAAUUAAAAAUUAAUACAAUUAUUUAUUAGAAUAACUCGAGAGAAAAUAAAAGUAGAA